AUGGUUCCUAUCCAGUCGCGCAUCCGCGACAUGGCCUUGGCCAAGUCCAGCACCGUGGCUCCUGUGGCCAGCACCGACCCAGCCCAAGUGACCUUCACCUGGAGUGGCAGCUCCUUUGAAUGCUCUCCUCUCUCUAACCCAUCUGCGCCCCCUCCCACCCCGACCAACUCACUGCUCGAUAUCCACCCCCGCAAGUCCUCCUUCUCCAGUGAAUAUGGUCUCGAUGCCGCCUGCGCGUUCCCCUCGUGGCCUCAGCGUCCGUCGCUUUCCACCGGCCAGUCCCAGGACUCCUACUGCAGCGCCUAUCUUUCCGACGAAGACCUUCUGUGGAUGCCCGAGAACGCCGGCACAGAGCCUCCCGAGUUGACCGAGGAGACUCCAAAGGCAAAGACCAAGGGAUCGUCCAUGACCACCGAGCAGCAGUUGGCCCGUAUGCGCGCGGCCGCCGAGGAAGAAGACCGACGUCGCUUCCUGGCCAAGGUCGAGGCUCAUGCUCGUGCCACUCAGGCCCUUCGCCAUUCCAAGCAGUUGGCUGCUGGUACUACUACUACUACCACUGCCUCCACCACUGCUACCUCUGAUCAAGACCACACCCCCAAGCGUCGCAAGCGUCGAGUGGUUCCAACCCCCAAGCGUCGCGCUCACUCUUCAUCAGCCAAGAUGACCAGUGUUGCGCACUAA